GAGAGGAGAGGGGAGAGAGGGAGGCAUAUCAAGGAGAAGCAUGAAGUAUAUCCCCGAUAUCUAAACUCACAGAGGGGGAGAGCAUCUCGUCCUCCCUCGCUCUUUAGGGGCCGACUGGAAGCGGAGGGAGGCAGCGAGGCGGAGGACAGCAUGGAGGAGAAGAAGCAGUUUCUUUGUGGGGUGGUGGAAGGUUUCUAUGGGAGGCCUUGGACUAUGGAUCAGAGGAAGGUUCUCUUCCAAUGGAUGCAGAGUUGGGGGUUGAACACCUACCUGUACGGCCCAAAGGAUGACCUCAAACACAGACUACUGUGGAGGGAAGUCUACUCUCAUGAGGAGGAGGGUCAGUUGCGUAUUCUCAUAAAGGAGGCCCAGUCGAGAGGCGUAAAGUUUGUUUACGCCCUCUCCCCUGGUCAGGACAUCGUCUUCUCUUCGUCCUGUGACCUGACACUGCUCAAACGCAAGCUGAGACAGGUAUCAGACCUGGGUUGCCAGGCUUUUGCCAUCCUGUUUGAUGACAUCGACCAUUCCUUGUGUCAGGCUGACAGCGAGGCCUUCUCUUCCUUUGCUCAUGCUCAGGUCACUAUAACCAAUGAGAUCUAUCGCUUCCUGGGGGAACCGCCCGUCUUCCUAUUCUGCCCCACAGAGUACUGCGGUUCUCUGUGUUCUCCCAGUGUAUCAAAGUCUCCCUACCUGCAGACUGUGGGAGAGGACCUGCUGCCGGACAUAACAGUGAUAUGGACGGGCACUAAGGUCAUCUCCAGGAAGCUGUCUGUAGACUGCCUGUCUGAGGUGGAGUCUGUCCUCCAGCGCCCCCCCCUCAUCUGGGACAACCUGCACGCGAACGACUACGACUCCAGACGUCUCUUCCUGGGGCCUUUUAAGGGCAGAGAGCCUCAGCUGAGGAGCAACCUGAGAGGCCUGCUUCUCAACCCCAACUGCGAGUUUGAAGCCAACUACAUCCCUCUCCACUCGCUGGGCAGCUGGUACAGAUCUGGAAAGGAGGAGAGGAAAGAUGAAGAGUGUGAAUACUGUCCUGAUAGGGCGCUGUCUGCUGCACUACAUGAUUGGAUGGAGGAACUCAACCAACCACUACAAGCAGGUCGGCAGAGCAGCCGAGCAGACCAGCGUUCCUCUGCUCAAACACCUCGCUGUAAAACUCCAGACCGAUCCGACUGCCCCCCCACCCUCGUGGACAGGCUUCCUGUUUUCCCUCUGAACUCCAGCUCGCCUCCGUCCUCACCCACUAAGGUCAAGGUGGAGACAGAGGGGGAGAAGAAGAGAUCAAACCAGCCCCAAGGACCCAGGCCUGGAGCACCCUCAGGGGGAGGCAGGGGGCAAAAGGCCCAGGGGUGGGGGCUUGGUGGUGGGAAGGGCCUCCUGAGUGAGUCCCAGGUGCGGCUGCUGGUGGGUCUUUAUUACCUGCCCCACGAGUACGGCCUGUCGGGACAGAAACUGCUGCAGGACCUGAGCUGGCUGAAAGCAAACUGCCACCUGGUCAGUGCCAACAGCAAGAAGACAGCGCCUCAGAAGAUCGACGAGUGGCGUGGUCGGUCCUCUAGGGUCUUGUCCCUGUGUGAGGACAUAGCACAGCUUCACUGCAGCGUGGUGGGGGGGGCCAACAGGGCGGUGCUCUAUGACCUUUACCCCUACGUGUGGGACCUGAGGAACACAGCUCUGGUGGCUAAAGCCUUCAUAUGCUGGCUGGAUGGGCGAGUGUUGAGUGACAGCUCCGCCUUGGGCACCUGGAAGAACUGCUUUCACUUGUGUGGGAAGACCCCAGGGGCGGACCUACUGGGAGUUGAAUCAGAACCAUGGGCGUUUAAAGGGGGCGUGUCUGGGGAGGUGCAGAUGCUUCUCCCAAUAGGCAGCAGCAAUGAACUCUUCACUCAUCCUCCUCCUCUUUUCCCCACCUCUCGUCUCUAUAACAUCAGGCCCUAUCACGGCAAGGACAAGUUGGAGUUGUAUCGGAUGGUGCGCCAACUCCACCUGAGGACUCAGGGUGUCCAAGAGUCCAGUGCUCUUCACCCAGAUGUGAUAGGAGACAGAUGUCUCGGGCCGUGCCUGGUGUUGUCCCCGGAGUACUGCUUCAUCCUGGAGGAUGAGCUGGGUGUGUGUGGCUGUGUGUUGGGUAUCUUGGAUGUCCGCAUGUUUGCCAAGCGGUGCCAGGCCAGCUGGAUGCCGGCCAUGAGGGACAAAUACCCAACUAAAGGGGGCAACACACACCCCAACCCACAGGACUUGAUCCAGCUGAUGGAGGAGGACCAGGGGGAGUACCCCGAGUCCCUCCUCUUUCACUUCCCCUCUCAGCUGCGCCUGGACGCCCUGCCGGAGCUGGUGGACGUCAGCGUCAGCCGGACUCUGCUCACCGCCAUGCUAACUGCUCUCAAGGCCAACGGUUCUCAGGGUGUGUUCUGCGAGGUGCAGCCGACGGACCGUCAGAGGCUGGAGUUCUUGACCAAACUGGGCUUCCUGGAGAUCCUCAGAGGAGAGGCCAGGAGCAGAGAGGGGGUGGUGCUGGGGAGGCUGCUCUGAACACACACACACACACACACACACACACACACACACACACACA